AUGGGCUCCCUCUCCACCCCUCCCACGGAUCCAUCAGCCUAUCCAACGGGUCACUCUGCCCGCGCCGCCGCGCGUGCCAACACCAUCCUCUCGACGUCCGGUCUGGCGCCAGACUACCUGCAAGCGAAUUUGAUCGUGCUCCCCUCUCGUUACGCCGCCGAUUUCCGGCUGCUCUGCAAGCGCAAUCCGGUGCCAUGCCCGCUGCUGGCUGAGUCUGCAUCCGUGGGAAGCUACUCGGCGCUGAAGUCUUGGAUCGACGGUGUGGCCAACGAUGCCAUAGCCAAAGGCAUUGACAUCCGGACCGACGCGCCGCGGUAUAUGGUGUACAAAAACGGCACCCUCGCCGCCUCCCACAUCGCCGACGUCGAAUCCUACUGGACAGCCGACCACGUCGCCUUCCUGAUCGGCUGCUCCUACAGCUUCGAAGCGGCCCUGACGCGCGCGGGGCUGAUCCCACGGCACACGCUUCUCGGGCGUGUCGUGCCCAUGUACCGCACGACCAUCCCACUCUGCCCUGCCGGCGUCUUCGCCGCCUCGACGUACGUCGUCAGCAUGCGGCCGUACCCGCGGCGUGCCAUCGAGGCGGUGCGCGACGCGACGCGGCCGUUCGUCGCGGCGCACGGCGAACCCGUCGCCUGGGGCUGGGACGCGGCCGCGCGGCUGGGCAUUUGUGAUGUUAACAAGCCCGACUGGGGCGAGCCGCCCGCGCUGGAGGACGGCGUCACGCCGCUGACCGAGGGCGACGAGGAGAACGUGCCUGUGUUUUGGGGGUGCGGGGUUACGCCGCAGGAGGCGGUGAUGCGGGCGGCGGAGGGGUUGGAGGGGACGGUGCUGGGGCAUGCGCCGGGGCAUAUGAUUGUGUUGGAUGUGAAGGAUCAGGAUGUGUUUGGGAAGGUGUAG